CUAGGGUGCCAAUGGUGCCAUCUAGUAGUCACAAUCGAACUGCAAAUCUUGCACGAAAUGGGAAUAGUAAUUUACCGUAGUGGGACUCGGGGCCUUCAGGUAUAUUUUUGUACAAAAUUUCGUCUGCAUCCUUAUAAGUUUUAAGUUUGAUCUUACUUGGGCCCUUGAGCGUUUCAUUCAGCUGUCCUAAAUUCAAUUAAUCAAUUUUCCGCAAGAUGACUGGUGUCAUGCAAAAGUGUUCUAAAGUCUUUCUUCAAGCGGCUGUGCUUAACAGGCCAAUUUCAAUAGCCUAUCUUUGCACUGUGUCACCAAAAGAUCAGUAUGAACAGAUGGUUAAGAAAAACAAAGUUGUUGUCUUCAUGAAGGGGGUUCCUGAGCAGCCUAUGUGCGGCUUUAGUAAUGCUGUUGUUCAAAUUUUCAGAAUGCAUGGAGUAACAAAUUAUGAUGCUCACAAUGUUUUGGCUGAUGAGAGUAUUCGUCAAGGUAUCAAGGAAUUCACAAACUGGCCAACAAUACCACAAAUUUUCAUUGGUGGUGAGUUUGUUGGUGGUUGUGAUAUUCUCUUACAAAUGCACAAAAACGGGGAGUUAAUAGAAGAACUACAAAAAGUUGGAAUCCAAUCAGCUUUACUUGAACAAGAAAAAAAGGAAGAAUAAUUUGAAAUUAUAUGUUUUUUCAUCAACUGUAUUUCUCAGUCACAAUACUAGUUUGUUAUUCCCA